AUGAUCACAUCCUUUUGUCCACAAGGACUUUUGCUUGCUGUCCGUCAGGUUGUGAAGAUAUCUUGUGAUGAAAGAAACGUCCUUCACAAAUCUCCUAUAAUAGAAAGCCCAUAUGUUCAAAACCUUAUUGCUCUGGCCGCUGUUUUCCAUGAACUGACUUCGUCAGAUGUUGUAGCAUACUUCUUAUUCAGGAACUUUGUUUUAUAUCAAAGAAAAUUUAGUAUCAAUAUCAAAUCUUUGAGAGAGCAGUUAGAAGCUGUGCUUAGAAAAGAAGAUAGUGUUUUAUAUGAACAUUUAAGAUUGAUUAAGGCUUUUGAAAUUAUACCUGUAGAUUUGUGGUUUGGAAGAUAUUUUGCUCAAGUUUUACAUAAAAGCUCACUAGCAAGAAUAUGUGAUAAAGUGAUUGGUGGAUCUUGCAAGAUUUUAUCGUAUGUUGGAGCUGCAAUAUUAAUGGUUCGUCGACACCCUUUAUUAGCGCUAACUGGGCCAGAAGCGGCUAUUGAAUUGCUCAAAAAAAUUCCAGAAGAUACAUCUGAUGUUGUAGUUAAUAAAGCUCUAGACUUAUACUACAGCUGAAGCCAAAAUUAAUCAAAAUAUUCUGCCAAAUCAAAAGAUCUCAGAAUUUUCAGUUUUCUGUAAUCAUUGUUACUUUUAAGUUCAUACAUUCAUCAACGGCUGCGAAAAACUUUCCUUACUUCAUAUUUAUUCCUUAUGUAACAUUCAUUCUUGGAACAUUUUGUUCUUUUCUUGCAUGAAAUAGUGAUUGCAUUUAGGAAGGGCAGACUGCGAUCAUCUUCAAACCUGUGAUAUUUUUGUCUGUGGAAUGAAAUGUGUAUAAAGAAAAAUCUGCUACAAAUUAAUUUUAUUUUUUAGUGUUUUUAUUAAUAAAUGCUUUUUUACAAAUUUUACA